UUGUUCUACAUUAGAGCAAGAGAGUUCGAGAGGCCAAAGCUGUUCCUGAAUCUUGACCAGACCAGGCUUCUGUUUUUUGCCAACUUUCUCUCUCUAAAUUAUUGUUCUUAUUCUAUUUCCCAUUUUUAAAGAAUUUUGUCUCUCUUCCCGAUCUCUCUCCCACCGCCUCUCUUUUGUCAACCGAAGAAACUGCACAAUUGACAGGGUAGGUAGAGAGAGAAAGAGACAGAAAGAGUGAGAGGGAGAGAGAGCUACAAAGCAGAGAGAAGGGGAAAGCUAAGAGAGGCCAAAGUUUGAGGUAAGUUUUUUUGUUUUUUCUCCUUUUUAGAGAGAGAGAGAGAGAGAUUAAAAAUGCAUUUUGGUGUAUUGGGUAUCUUUGCUUGUGAUUCUUAUAGUCAAGGAUACAUACACUUGUUGAACAUGCAUAUGUGUGUGAGAGGGAGAGAGAUGGGUAAGUUUGGAUCUUUGGGUUAGCAUUCAUAAGCCAUGGUGGAUCGGCGUAGCAUAGUAUCGUUUGGGUUCUUGUUAUUGUUGCUAUUCGAGUCCACAUUAGAACAGACCGAGCCUCUGAGUUCACACACCGAGCGAGCUGCUCUGCUCGAACUCAGAUCGUCGUUAGGGUUAAGAAGCAAGGACUGGCCCCGAAAGGUCGACCCUUGCUCAGGCUGGCGCGGUGUGACAUGCCAGAAUGGUAGAGUCAUUGGUUUGAACAUUUCUGGUUUUCGAAGAACCCGGAUUGGUAGGCAAAAUCCACAGUUUGCUGUUAAUGCCUUGGUCAAUUUGACGCUCUUGUCGUCCUUUAAUGCUUCGAAUUUCUGGCUCCCCGGGCCGAUUCCAGAUUGGUUUGGGUUUCGAAUGGCGGCCCUCCAAGUACUUGAUCUUCGUUCUUGUUCUGUUAAUGGUGAUCUACCUUCGAGUCUUGGAAAUUUGACCAACUUAACUAGUCUGUUCCUAUCUAAGAAUAACCUCACUGGGCAAAUUCCUGUUACUUUGGGUCAAUUGUUACGCCUCUCUGUUCUUGAUAUUAGGGGGAAUUUUCUUACCGGAUCGAUUCCUGCGCCCAUUGCAUCUUUAGGAAAUCUUUCAUUUCUUGAUAUGUCUUCGAAUUACUUAUCUGGGUCAAUUCCCCCAGGCAUUGGGACCCUAGUAAAGCUUCAGUAUUUGAAUCUUUCUAGCAAUAAUUUGUCAUCUUUGAUUCCUCCUCAAUUAGGGGACCUUCAAAACUUGGUUGACCUUGACCUCAGCUUCAAUACUUUGUCCGGGUCGUUGCCUAUGGAUCUGAGAGGGUUGAGGAAUUUGCAAAAUAUGAUAAUUGGGAAAAAUUUUCUUGAUGGAUUGUUGCCGGAUGAUUUAUUUGCGACCUUAAAGCAGUUGCAGUCAAUAGUUCUGAGACACAAUGGUUUUACUGGUGGUCUCCCUGACUUCUUGUGGUCAAUGCCUGAGUUGCGUUUACUUGAUAUCUCUAACAACAAUUUCACUGGCAUGUUGCCCAAUUCUAGCUCGAACUUGAAUACCAUUGCUUCUAUACUCAACAUUUCUCACAAUAUGUUCUAUGGAGGUCUUACUCCUUCACUGAGAAGAUUCAGUAUCAUUGAUCUGUCUGGAAAUUACUUUGAAGGCAGUGUUCCAGACUAUGCACGUAGUAAUGCAUCUCUUGACAACAACUGCCUCCAAAAUGUGUCGAGCCAAAGAACUUUGGUAGAAUGCUCAUCAUUCUAUGCAGAGAAGGGUCUGACUUUCGAUAAUUUUGGACGUACAAAUUCCACGCAACCUCCUGCAGCAGGACAUUUGGGAAAGAGCAAUAGAAAGACAAUCAUAUUGGCUGCAGUUUUGGGGGGACUUGGUUUUGUGCUUUUGGUCAUGUUCAUCGUAUUUUUGCUAUUAUGCACCCGUAAGAGGGGUGCUACAAAUCAAAGAGGGGUUGGUGUGGGGCCAGUUCCUCCCGAGGGUAGUGAACCACCUCCUGGAUUGGUGAUUAACUUUUCUAGUCUAGGUGACACAUUUACAUAUCAGCAACUGCUUCAAGCUACAGGUGAAUUCAGCGAAACAAGCCUCAUCAAACAUGGCCAUUCAGGCGAUCUCUUCCAGGGUGUUUUGGAGAAUGGGAUCAAUGUGGUCAUCAAAAGGAUCGAUCUUCGCACAAUUAAAAAGGAAACGUACCUUUCGGAAUUGGAUUUCUUUAGUAAAACUUCACAUGCAAGAUUGGUUCCCUUUUUUGGACACUGCCUAGAGAGUGAGCAGGAGAAGUUCCUGGUUUACAAGUAUAUGCCGAAUGGAGAUUUGUCCAAUUCCUUGUACAGGAAAAGCAAUUCAGAGGAUGAUGGUUUACAGUCAUUGGAUUGGAUAACAAGACUGAAAAUUGCAACAGGAGCUGCGGAGGGUCUAUGUUAUCUGCAUCAUGAAUGUACUCCUCCGCUUGUGCACAGAGAUGUUCAAGCAAGCAGUAUACUUCUUGAUGAUAAAUUUGAGGUGCGGCUAGGCAGCCUGAGUGAGGUUGUUGCUCAGGAAGGGGAUACUCAUCAAAACAGAAUAACCAGAUUGCUGCGGUUGCCACAGUCAUCGGACCAUGGUGCUUCUGGUCCACUGACAGCAAUAUGCUCCUAUGAUGUAUAUUGUUUUGGCAAGGUGUUACUCGAACUAGUAACCGGUAAACUUGGAAUCAGUGCCACUAGUGAUUCCCAAGUUAAGGAAUGGUUAGACAAUACACUGCCAUACAUCAGUAUAAAUGAUAAGGAACUUGUGACAAAAAUUGUGGAUCCGUCCUUGAUCAUAGAUGAGGAUCUAUUAGAGGAAGUUUGGGCCAUGGCUGUUGUUGCCAAGUCUUGCCUAAAUCCAAAGCCUUCAAGACGACCCCAAAUGAUGUACAUCCUUAGGGCUUUGGAAAAUCCUUUGAAGGUGGUCAGGGAAGAAAAUUCCAGCUCUGCAAGGCUUAGAACUACCUCUUCCAGAAGGUCUUGGAAUGCUGCUACUCUGUUUGGUAGCUGGCGCCAGAGCUCAUCUGAUGUUACAGUAAUUCCAGCAACCUCAACUCAUAGAGCAGAAGGAACGAGUAGCUUGAAACAUUCGGGAACCACGCGGUCGCAAGGCAGUGACCAACAUGGUGGGGGUGAACUCUCAUCCUCGCAUAGACAUUCCAAGGAGAUAUUGCCCGAACCAUCUGUUGAUAUAGAAAGACCAGAUCAGGAAUAGGGCAUUGGAGGAACGAGUGGUCUUGAUUCUUUGUCAAUAAUACAGCAGGCUUCCCAUUUGAGUGCUUGCUUGCUGGUACCCUGCACGCCUUUCUUAUCGUGGAGAUAAGUGGGAUUUCGAGCCUGUCUAUGGAGACUGAUACAGAGGUUUCAUGAAAAUUAUCAUCUUCGGAGGGUGAAUUUAUCUAGUGGAUGGGUCUGGAUAGAAAGAAUUUUCAAAGGAAGGUUUAAUGGAUGCCAAUGAUAAAUAGGAUUCUUAAAUGUUCUGACAGCAUGUUCUUCUUGGAUGGAACAAGCUACAAUUUUUAGCGGGAAUUGAUUUUUUUCUUUUUCUUUUUUGUCCUCUCGUGGGAUGUAAAUUGUAAUUGUCAAAGGUUGUUAGAUUCGAAUUGGAUUCUUAGUUUGUUGCAAAAUGAGGGAAGGACGAAGGAAAAAGGAAAAGACGGAUGAAAGAUUAUACUUA